AUGAGGCUCAGUUGUGAUGAUCGAGAAUUUCCAAAUCUUACUUGCCCUGAUUCCCUGAAGCUCAGCAUCAAUGAUACAGUAUCAAGGGAAGUAAAUCUUACCCAGCAUAUUACGUCUAACAGCCGUCUGAGUAACAUCCCAUCAGUGAUGGUGAACUUCUCUACUUAUGGACAGACAAAGAACUACCGGGUGUCCUCCACCAAUGAUAUGAACAUGACAAGUUCAUGUGCUUUUCAAGUGGAAAUUGCUGCAACAAAGUGUUUUGAACAAAUUCUGAACAGCCUCACCAAUGCUGAUGUGAGCUAUACACAUAAUGCUGAUGGGACUGUUAAUAGCACCACAGUGACCUGUAAACCUGGGUUUGCAUUCUCUGAUGGGAACACAUCACUUCAGUAUCAGUGUACAGGAGAGAACAUGUGGACUCCGGCUCUGCCUCUCAUCGACUGUAUUGCAACAAAGUGUUUUGAACAAAUUCAGAACAGCCUCACCAAUGCUGAUGUGAGCCAUACACAUAAUGCUGAUGGGACUGUUGAUAGCACCACAGUGACCUGUAAACCCGGGUUUGCAUUCUCUGAUGGGAACACAUCACUUCAGUAUCAGUGUACGGGAGAAAACAUGUGGACUCCGGCUUUGCCUCUCAUCGACUGUAUUGAGUAUAAGGAAUCUAUUUACACAUUUGUAAUUAAUGUGGUGUAUGGCAGUAAACAAAUAUUAAAUGAUGCGUGUGUCUCAGAACAUAACAAUCUGGUGCAACAAGUAGUUGCUGCUGACAACACUCUGGGUGACUUAUGUCGGAAAGCCUUCAGGGUUUAUUAUUCUUUCAAUGUCUCCUCUAUCCAGACCUCCAAUACAUUUUAUAAGCUUAACUCAACUUUAGUACUGGAAGUUUUGGAUUUUGAUGGAGAUACUGGUAAUAUGGCUACUUGUGCUGAGGAUAUUGAUAAGUACUACCAAAAUAUUUUCAAAUACACUACGCAUACAUCUUGUGGAUCAAUAAAUGCAAGUGGAGGUGAAGGCUUCCUGAAGAAAGGGUCAUCGUGUGAUACUAGAUUUCAACUGGUAACAGUAUCGGGAAGUCCUAAGUGUCUGCCUUGUUCACCUGGAACAUACUUCAGCAACGAGGCCUGUCAUCUUUGUGCAGAUGGAGAAUAUCAAGAUACAACAGGAGCAACAUCUUGCAAGAGUUGUACAGACAACAAGGCAUCACUCACACCACGGAUAAGUGAAGAUCGGUGCAUUUACAGGUGCAUUGAUGGUUUCUUUUCUUCAACUGGCUUGCCUCCUUGCACUGCCUGUCCAGUGGAUACCUACUGGAAAAACUCGUCAUUCUGUGAACCCUGUCCUAAUGAUGGAUCAACGUUGCAUAAUGAAGCUUCAAAGAUUGAGUCAGCUUGUAAAGUGGACUACGCAUGA